AUGCCGCCAAGAGGCCAAAGGUUGUAUUCUGACCCACCCGAGCCCCCGCCGGGAGUGGCAGGAGGGGCGCAUGCAGCCUACCCUUCGUACGAUGCCAGUGCGCCCCCUCAACCCAUGUCGCCGCCUCAAGGCCACUACGACAAUUACGCCGAGCCUACCUAUGCCGCGUCUCCUCCCGUAGCUGGUAGCCCGAUGAACAAUCCGUACGGCGGAGCAGCGCCUGACUACCCGCCUGCCCAUGCUGGAGAUCACGAGCAUAGUCCGUACGGCGCAACGCCAGGGGAGCAUGGUAGGAGGAUGAGCGAAGUUGGACACGGCUUGUAUGGCAGAGGAGGUAGAGCCAGCAUAGACUAUGGCGAUCAGGAGCUUCAUGCGGGCCAUCGAAACUCGGUAGAUGCUGGAGAUGUGCCACUCUUGCCCGCUCACGGCAACUAUGCGUACGCACCUGCUUCUCAAUUCGAUGAUGGUGGACAUCACGUGGGCUCAGCAGCGGAUCACACCACCCAAGGCUCACACUUUGUCGGAGGUUUUACGGCCGAAGAUAGCGAGGAUGAGGAAGGCAUGCCCUUGAGGAGGAGACAAUCUCGCUUCGGCAGCGAUGCGGCAGGUGCUGGAAUGCCUGGUGGAUUCUUGGAAGAAGGAGGAGGGGGCAUCAGAUAUGGGCGCAUCCCUCAGAGAGUGCCUCGUCGCUACAAGACGCUGAAGCGAGUCGAGCUGUACCACGGAAACCUUGUGCUCGACUGCCCCGUUCCUACUCGACUGCUGGACAGACUCAAUGAUCGAGAAAGCAGAGAGUUCACUCAUAUGAGGUACACUGCUGCUACUUGCGACCCAGACGACUUCAAGGAUGAGCGCUACACGCUUCGUCAGGUCCUCUUUGAUCCGCCCAGAAGGACAGAGCUAUUCAUCUGUCUCACCAUGUACAACGUAAGUGGGUCGCCCUAGCUCGAUUAUCCGGCCAGACGAAAUCCCUCAACGAUGCCCAAGCACUCACAUUUGACUCCACAGGAAGACGAUGUGCUCUUCACGAGGACGAUGCACGGCGUAAUGAGCAACAUUGCUCAUCUCUGUACCAGGGAUAGGUCCAAGACAUGGGGAAAGGAAGGCUGGAAGAAGGUCGUAGUCUGCAUCGUCAGCGAUGGCCGUUUGAAGAUAAACAGCAGGACGCUGAGUGAGUGGCACGGGGACGACUGCAAAGCCUCGAACAGGGAGCUCACUAACCAUGGCGUUUGUUCAGGUGUCCUCGCUGCCAUGGGUGUCUACCAAGAGGGUGUGGGCAAGAACGUGGUGAAUGGCAAGCCGGUCACAGCGCACAUCUACGAGUGAGUCGGUUUCGAAGCUCGCAGCUGCGGCAUCAGCUGAUACCAUCUCUACCGCGCAGAUACACCACUCAGCUCUCUGUUGACCCUUCGCUCAAGUUUCGAGGGCGAGAAAAGGGCAUCAUGCCGGUUCAGAUCCUCUUCUGCCUCAAAGAGCGCAACCAAAAGAAAAUUAAUUCGCACCGCUGGUUCUUCAACGCAUUUGGACAGGUCCUGCAACCCAACGUGUGCGUGCUGUUGGAUGUCGGCACCAUGCCGCGCGCAAAGUCCAUCUACCACUUGUGGAAGGCUUUCGACAUCAACAGCAAUGUGGCUGGAGCUUGUGGAGAAAUCGUCGCGCUCAAGGGCAAGUAUGGGCAGGGAGUCUUCAAUCCUCUGAUCGCUGCCCAAAACUUUGAGUACAAGAUGAGCAACAUUCUUGAUAAGCCUCUCGAAUCGGUGUUCGGCUUUAUCACUGUGCUUCCUGGCGCUUUCUCGGCCUAUCGCUACAUUGGUGAGUGUAUUGGAAAGAAAACUUUCGAGCGAGGCGUGCGAUCUAACCCGGAAUUUUUUCGCUCGAAUGUCUGCAACAGCCUUGCAAAAUGACUCGCAAGGUCAAGGUCCGCUCGCAAGCUACUUCAAAGGCGAAACGCUACACGGCGGUAAAGCGGAUGCAGACAUCUUCCAGUCCAACAUGUACCUAGCUGAGUGCGUACCUCCAAUCUACUGCAUACAUGCGCGAACAUCGCUGACCUGUCUUGACUUUGGCUGGACAGAGAUCGUAUCUUGUGCUGGGAGUUGUGCUCCAAGAGAGACUGCGCUUGGAUCUUGCACUAUGUGAAGUCUGCACAGGCCGUCACAGAUGUGCCCGACCAGGUGCGUAAGAUCGUCCGCGUCCUCUGCAGCUUCGUAGACCUAAGCCCAAACCCAUGUCUCUCGUCAUGCAGGUACCAGAAUUGAUCUCUCAGAGAAGACGUUGGCUCAAUGGUUCUUUCUUUGCGGGCAUCCACUCCAUCGUCCACUUCCAUUACCUCUACCGCUCAUCUCACUCUUUCUGGAGAAAAUUUUUCAUCCACAUCGAGAUAUUCUACCAAGCUAUUCAGCUCUUCUUUUCUUGGUUUGGCAUGGCGAACUUUUUCAUUGGUGAGUCUUCGGAAAGCAGACAUGCUAUUGUUUGAUCGAGUGAAAAAAACAUGUUCUGAUCGAGAUCUUCACGACUAGCGUUCGUCAUCCUCACCACUGCGAUGUCGGACGUGGUGAAGCAGACCCAUAUCCCAAACAUCAGUAAGUCUCGCAUUAGUACCGGGCACCUGACAUUAAGACUUGAACCUGACAAGUCUGUUGCCGCCGUUGCAGUUCUUUCGUACAUUUACGUGAGCAACCCUUCAGCCCUGUAUUCAGGAGGAAAGCGUACUUAUUCUCUCGUUUCGCGCGCAGCUGGCCUUCAUUGUGUUCUGCUUCUUGCUCUCCAUGGGCAACAGGCCUGCUGGAAGCAAGUGGGGGUACACCCUGAGCAUGGUCGUGUUUGCCUUGAUCACCUUGUAUAUGACCGUGAGUAGGAUUCGACAGCUUCGCCCCCGCUGAGUGCGUAGUCCAAACGCUCAUGACUUAUCGAGCCAUGAAUACGCAGGCCGCAGCCGUUUACCUCGCUGUUCACUCGAUCAUCAACGCGGAGAGGAGUGCCGAUAGCAGCACGGCGCUCGUCACGGACCCCAUCUUCAUCAACAUUGUCGUCUCUUUGGCGUCGACGUAUGGCAUUUGGCUCAUCGCAAGUGUGCUCUUCGUAAGUGGCACCUGAGCUUGUUGUGCCUUCCGCAUACGCCAGAGCUAAAACUAACUCGAUGCCUUUGGGCCGCAGUUCGAGCCAUGGCAUAUGUUCACCUCCAUCAUUCAGUAUCUGCUUAUGGCUCCAUCCUUUGUCAACGUCAUUAGCAUUUACGCAUUCUGCAACGUGUGAGUCCAGGAAGCUGCCGAGCUUCCUCCACAUGCAGCAGGCUAACGUUUCUAAAUCAUUCGCCACACACAGCCACGAUGUGUCGUGGGGUACCAAGGGAUCGGACAAAGUGGAAACUGAUCUGGGUGUUGUUGGCAAUGCCGGCGGCAAGAAUACCGUCGACGUUGCGAUCCCCACCGAUCUCAAGGAUCUCAACUCGGCGUACGACGAUGCGGUGCACGUGCUCUCGACCAAAGCGCCUGCCGAGGUGAAGCGCGUGGAUGCCGAAACGAAGCAAAAGGAUUACUACGCCAGCAUUCGUACCAACGUCGUCUUGCUUUGGAGCUUGUCCAAUGCUGGACUCGGCAUCGGCAUCCUGAACGUGUCCAAUGAUAGAGUCAGACUGACCUACAUGGCCUUCUUGCUCUACUCUGUUGCGGCGCUGGCUGGCUUCAGACUGAUAGGAUCGACGACCUACCUGGUCAAACGUCUGUUCGCAGGCGAAUGA